AUGAAUUUCAAUUUUCUCGUCAGCUUCGCUAUUUAUUUCUCAGUUCAGCUAUGUCUGAGCUGUUUUCUGCUCUUCAUAGACGUCAGAGCCUAUCGCAGGUCGACUGGCAAUUUCUACGGGCAUGUCUACUUCUCGGAUAAAGUUCUCAUCCUCGUCUGCCGCGUCCUUCAGAUCGGUCUGUUGAUUGUCAGUUUGGUUGGCAUCGCAGUCACAGUUCGCCUUGGCCAUGACAUGUGGGACUGGAUUGAAGCUGGCGUUAUAUGUAGUCUUCAGCUCGGCGCUGCUACUAGGCUCGCCCGUCUCUUGCAAGUCUGCCAAUAUCCGCGCUGGAACGUGUGGUUGACAUAUGUCGUGGCAUUUACAAUGAUACCUGAUGACAUCCCCAUGUCUUUCGCUGGACAGACACGCUACGUUAACAAGCCGCCUGUGCUUGCUCCUCUUGCGAUCGCAUCGCUCCUAUGUGCAGCGGUCUCGUAUUCACAAAUGAAAAGUCACAAGUCUUCAGGCUUGCAACGACCAGACAAGAGAACAUCGCAGCUGUUUACCGCGCUCAUAAUUACAAACAUUUUGGCAGCGGCAGUUCAGCUUUCCGGGGUUAUUCUCUUUGUCCUUGCGGUGCUUGGCGAAGAGGAAUUUCGUGUUCAAAUGCGCCAGAGCGUUCUCCUGGCCUGCACCUGCACACAUAUGCUCUGCUGCCUUCCCGCGUGUUUCGCUAGCACCGUGAGCUGCUUCACCAGACUAGGAGUGUCUCUGCGGAGUAGACCAAGCUCAAGAGCUGCGGAAAGUGAUAUGGAGAACGGGUGCAUGCGUUUGGUAACACUUGAGAUAUCGCAGAGUAGCAGAAAUGGAGUAGGAGAGUAG